UGGCUCCUGUAUCUCAAAAAGUUCACAAUCUUUUUUCCUCAUCUCUGGCCGAAGGGCAAUAUCAAAUUGCAAAGCAUCAUUGUCUUUUGUGGCUUGCUCCUUGUGGUGGCCCGUGUUUUGAAUGUUUUGGUUCCGCGUCAGCUCGGCAUCGUAGCUGACGAACUUUCCGGCGAUGUGCCUGCUAGUACUACGCAUAUUUGGCUCAUGGUAUUGCUAUAUGUCUUCUAUCGCUUUCUGCAAGGCAAUAUGGGCGUCAUCGGUGCUCUCCGCGCUUACUUGUGGAUCCCUGUCGGUCAGUACACGUAUCGGUCGCUUGCUGUCAGCUCCUUCCAGCAUGUGCACUCACUCAGUCUCGAUUUUCACAUUGCCAAGAAGACGGGAGAGGUUCUCAGUGCGCUAGACAAAGGCAGUGCCAUCAAUGGCUUUUUGGAACAGCUCGCCUUCAAUGUCUUGCCCGUUAUUGUGGAUCUUUUUGUGGCAAUUGUGUACUUUUUUGUUCAAUUCGAUGCCUACUUUGCGCUGAUUGUCGCCAUGAUGACUGCUACAUAUCUGUAUGCUACAGUCAAGAUUACAGAAUGGCGCACAGGCAUCCGCAGGGACAUGGUCAACAAGUCGCGUGAGGAGUAUGCCGUCAAGGCAGACAGCAUCACCAAUUAUGAGACUGUCAAGUACUUUAACGCUGAAGCAUGGGAGUUCAACCGAUAUGAGGAAGCUGUCAAGACAUAUCAGUCGGCUGAAUGGAAGGUCCUCGGAUCGCUCAACGUCAUGAAUGUUACGCAGAAUCUCAUCUUUGCACUCGGCCUUCUCGCCACAUGUCUGCUGAGUGCCUACCGCGUGACUUACGGCCAAGCGACCGUGGGCAGCUUUGUCGCUCUGUUGACAUACAUGGCACAACUGCAGGGACCACUCAACUUCUUUGGUACACUCUACCGCAGCUUGCAAUCGAAUCUGGUCAACGCAGAGCGUAUGCUCGAGCUCUUUACCCAAGGCGCCAGUAUCAAGGACAAGCCUGACGCCAAGCAGAUGGAACUACAAAAGGGCGAGGUAGUCUUUGACAAUGUCCAUUUCGCCUAUGACGCUCGCAAACCAGCUCUUCGGGGUCUUUCAUUUGUUGCCAAGCCCGGCAUCCUCGCUCUUGUUGGUGAGUCGGGGGCUGGCAAGACAACCAUUUUGCGGACCUUGUUUCGCUUCUACGAUGUGCAACAAGGUAGUAUCUUGAUUGAUGGUCAAGACAUUCGAGAUGUACGCAUCAAGUCUUUGCGAGAACAGAUUGGUGUUGUGCCUCAAGAUACCGUUUUGUUCAAUGACACAAUCAUGUUCAAUAUUCGCUAUGCAAAGCCUGACGCCACAGACGAAGAGGUCUUUGAAGCAGCGCGAAAGGCUCAGAUCCACGAUAAGAUCGUCGAUUGGCCAGAUGGCUACAAUUCCAAAGUUGGUGAGCGUGGUCUAAGGCUGUCUGGUGGCGAGAAGCAACGAAUUGCAAUCGCAAGGACCAUUUUAAAGAAUCCACGAAUUAUUCUCCUGGAUGAGGCAACCAGUGCUUUGGACACGACGACCGAACGACAGAUUCAAGGCGCGUUGGAUGAGCUAUCACGAGGGCGGACGACUCUUGUCAUUGCACAUCGGCUUUCGACCAUUAUUGGAGCGGAUCUUAUCUUGUGUCUCAAAGAUGGCGUUGUUGUCGAGCAAGGCACGCAUGAAGAAUUACUCCGGAAGGCAGAAGAGAAUGGUGGCAAGGGCGAAUACUAUGACAUGUGGCAAAAGCAGAUUCGGGCUGAGAAGCGCAUGAAGCGGCGGCAACCUGACGGUGACGAGACUGAGACGGCGGAGACGAGUGAUGCAGAAGGCACGCGUGAG